AUGUCGUUUCCUGGCAUUCCGACCAUGCCGGGCAUGAUCCAUCCUAUUGGAGAUGCCUAUGCCGCUUUGGCGGCCUCCACAAUGAGGCCUAUGGGAGGACCGAUGUGUGGAAUGGGAGGACGUGCAGAUAUCCCAAAAACUACUCGGAUGUGGGUGCCAAAUUCGAUGGUUGGAGCCAUCAUUGGAAGCAAGGGUAGCAACAUCCGCAAUAUCAUAAGAAACUCGGGUGCAAAUGUAAGGAUAGAAGGUGGUGGUGAGCGCAAGGAUGCAGAGCGAAAGGAGGAACCAGAAAAGAAAGAGGAGGCGGGCGAUUCUCAGGCACGCACGGAAGCUGAAGAAAAAUCGCACGCUGACGUCGUCCCUGUUGAGGAGCGGCGGAACGAUGUAAGAGAUUUUUCUUACCAAUUUCUCGCCUUCAUUAAGUGGAUUAAUCUUUCCUACUACCAACUUACGACAAAAGGGUGA